AUGGAAGAAAAGUUAAAUGAAAUGGAACAAGCUGGUAUCAUCACAAGGACAUCAACGCCUUACAGUAGUCCAUUGACAUUCACUCUUAAAAAAGACGGCUCAAUUAGAGUUCUGCUUGAUGCCAGAAGCAUAAAUAAGAAAAUGGUUGCAGAAACAGAGAAACCACCUAUACAAUUAGAUGUUUUGAAUUCAUUUCACGGAGCGAAUUAUAUCACUACCAUUGACUUAAAUAAUGCAUAUUUUCAAAUUCCGAUAAAUAAAGAUGGUAGAAAAUAUACUGGAUUCACAUUCAAUGGAAAGUCAUAUGUAUAUAAUGUUUUGCCGCAAGGAUUAAAAACAUCAGUAGGAAGCUUUAGCAGAGCCAUGAAUUUAAUAUUAGGACCAGAAGUCCAAGAAUUUUGUGUGAACUAUUUAGAUGAUCUAGCCAUUUUUACAACAGGAACGUUAGAUAAACAUUUGGAGCACAUUGAUACUGUUUUAAGUAAAUUGAACAAAGCUGGCUUAACGUGUAACUUGCAGAAAUGUGAAUUUAUUUGUAAAGAAAUUAAAAUGCUGGGUUUUAUAAUUUCAACAGAAGGCAUAAAGACAGAUCCCGAUAAGAUUCGAGCGAUCCAAGAGUUUCCAGCACCUUAA